AACUCGCAAUUCCCGUUCCGGUCACUGAGGAGACUGGAGAGUCAAUACUUUCCCGGAGUUUACUUGGGUGGUAAUCUGGUUUGUGAGUAAGGGUGUAAGAAUAACUUCGAGGGAGUACAGCAGUCGGCCAGUAAGGCAAACUGUCUGCAGGGUGCCGGCCGCAGAGUGGACGAAUAUGACACUUCCAGAAUGGCUGACCUGGAUUCGCAGGAUUCGUCUGGAAACUGCACUUUGUUGUUUUGUGAGAACUGCCAGUCAUAUUUUUCAGAGAAAUGUCCAGUGCAUGGUGCCCCAGUAUUUAUUAAAGACAGCCUUGCAGAUUCUGGCUGUCCAUGCAGAGUGGUAUACACGCUGCCUCUUGGACUUGCAGUGGGUCCCUCCAUAGAUGGCAUUGGUAUCUGGUGUGUCAAAGAAGCAUUACCGAGAGGAGUAUUCUUUGGGCCACUAGAAGGGGAUCUGUGCAUCAGUGAAAUUGCAGCAGCCAAAAGUGAUGAAUCUGAUGUGCUUGGACUGAAGGCAAUAUCUGGUACAAUGCCAAACUGGAUGAGUUUUGUGAACCAAGCAAGACGUAAAGAAGAUGGGAAUUUGGUAUCCUUUCGGUUCUCUGGUAAAACCUAUUUCAGAGUCUGUAAGCCUGUGGAGCCUGGAACCCCGCUGCUUUUGGUACCUUGUGAGAAGAGUGCAUGCAUGGAAACAGAGGGACCAUUGGAAUUACCAGCUACAGCAGCAGAAUCUAACCCCCCAAAUAUGUCACAAGGGACCAUUGAAGAUUCAGGCAGUGAGGUUCAAACCUCCAGACAUUGUAGUGUUCCACAAGUGCACAUUGUGAAACAGCACCAGCUGUGCCAAUUUAAGCAAAAUGACUUUUUAGCAGAAGCAGGUAACACAAUACCACAGAAGACCACUAAAGAAAAACCUGUAGAAGCUGUAAUCAAAACGGAGACAAAUGAGAGGGCAUUAGCUCUCAUCAUGUCACACCCACAGAGUGUGCAAAGUUUUGGUCAGGUUCAAGAGAUGUCUGAACUAACUGUGGAAAGAGGACACGAAGCUGAAAGCACAAAAUUAAAGUCAGCCUAUAGUAAGGACAUCAGUGGUGCAACGGUUACAAAUGCCGUGCGACUCAGUGCACGUUUGGCUGGCAAGCCCCGGAAAGUUCAUGCUGUAGUAAGUAGGAUACAGAAGAGAUUACAGGAAAGAAAACUAAGAAUUCUUCAGCAGGGAGAGAAAAACAGUGACACUAAUGGUGAAUGUUUUCAUACAUCGAAGGAAGAUCAAAGUAGAGCUCUUUGUGAGCAGGUAUCCCAAGCUAGGGACAAUGGUCAACUGAACCCAGCAGUGGGCACUGGGUCUGGUCAAGAGGAGAAAGCAGCAAAUCCAUGCAUUGAAAAAGUUGCAGUAAAUGAGGAAAAGUGUGUCCCAGACUCUCUUCCUGAGGGAAAGGACCAGUCUCAGACUGAGCGAAACAUAAGGAAAUAUGUGUGUGAUGUGUGCGGUAAAGGCUUUAUCCAGUUAUGUCAUUUGAAAAAACACAGGUUUAUCCAUACUGGAUAUAAACCAUUUCUGUGCACUGAAUGUGGUAAGAGCUACAGUUCUGAGGAAAGCUUCAAAGCGCACUUACUUUUCCACAGAGGUGUACGACCCUUCAAGUGCAAGCAAUGUGAAAAAGCUUAUGGCACAAAGAGAGAUCUAAAGGAACAUGAGGUUCUGCAUACUGGUGAGCGACCAUUUAAGUGUGAUGAAUGUGGCAAAAGCUUUGCUCGUAGGCCAUCUUUAAGAAUCCACAAGAAAAUCCACAUGAUGAAGGAAAUGAACUUGGAGAACCCAAAGGUGUGUCGGUGCUCAAUUUGUAACAAAGAACUGGCCAAUCCAGCCUCACUAAGGAAUCACAUGAGGCUGCAUACUGGAGAGAAACCCUAUGCCUGCCCAUACUGUGCAAAAGUGUUCCGUCAGAAGGGCAACCUGAGGGGACACUUAAGACUGCACACUGGUGAAAAGCCCUAUAAAUGUCAGUUCUGUGGUGAUGGCUUCCCCCAAAUGCCAGAGUUAAAGCGCCAUUUAAUUUCUCACACAGGAGAGGCACACCUCUGCACUGUUUGUGGAAAGGUCCUGAAGGAUCCACAUACACUGAAAGCACAUGAGCGUCUUCACACAGGUGAUAGACCAUUCAGAUGUGAACGAUGUGGUAAAGCAUACACACUGGCUACAAAACUGAGGCGUCACCAGAAAUCUCACCUGGAGGAAAAACCCUACAAAUGUGAAAUUUGUGGUAUGGGCUACACAAUCAUGCAGAGCUUAAAGAGACACAGGAUGUUCCAUGACAUUUCAAAUAGUAGUGAAUUAGUCAGCAAAGUUGAUCUGAGGAAGACUGAAGUGUUGAAAGGUACAAAGAUCAAGUUGAUACAUAAUGCUGCACCAAAGCAGUCCUCAAGACAGAGACUUAAGGAAACUAGUACCGUAGAAACUGCAGUUGUUGUGCUGCGUGCGCUUGAGUCAAUUGAAAUGCCACAAAGCGUGAAUGAAGAUGAGAUUAUGCUUAAUGAUCAGGGACAGUACAUCGCCAGCUAUACAGCAGAAGCUGGAGCUGAGCUUGACGACCAACAAGGAGUUCAUAGACUCAUUGAAGGCACUUUUACCCAAGCUGCUGAAGGCCACUUAGAGAUAAAUGAAGAUAUUAUUGAAGUCACCAUUUCAGAUCCUGAUGAUGAGUGCAUCAUUGUUGAUGGUGAACAAUGUCAGAACAAUGUGGUUAUUAUACAGGAAGGGGUGGGCUUCAGCACGGUUGCUGAAGUUGUGGAAAUUGAAUCGGGGACCUAAAGCAAUUUUUUUUUUAUUACAGUAUAUACCUACUGAGUAAUAAAGAAAAUGUUUCUUACAGGGCAGUGGGGGUACAAAAUCCCUCUCUUACCAUUUCUCAGCUUUCCUGUUAAGUCCACUUAGAGACUGUCCAGCGCUGUGGCUUAAUUUCGCUACAGUGUGUUUUGUUCCAUAGCAGAAGGUGAGGUAGAAGCAACCAGUUAAUGACGGCCCUGUGAUCGUUCUGGGUAAAGCAGUGAGAACUGAACUCUGUAUGUGCAGAUCAACACUUUGUAACCAAGUUUAUCCUUUUUUGUUUUGCUUUGGUGGCAUACUAAUGUUCUCCCACCCCCAGCCAGACACGUAUGUAUAAGUUGUGCUGCUGAAAUGUGAAAUUGUGUAUACCAUUGCAACACCUGACAUUGAAGUCACUGGUUAGGUUUUUUUCUAGUAAAAUGUUUUUGUUUUACCCUAAAGUAUUUAUUUGUGAAGCAUUCUGUUAGUGCAUUUUAUUUUUAAAAUGGAAUUUCUGAUUUGACUGUGAAGUAUUAGCCUGUUUCCUGUAUUUAAGGUAGAUUAUUCAAGAGAUGUAUAGAGUCUUGUACUCCCCUUUUCAAAUAAGAGGGAUAUUUAUUUACACUUGUAUGUUAGAAAGCAACUUUAUACUCGAAUGCUUUUCUAAAAUAUAUAGCAUUCCAAAGAAGUCUAUCUAUCUUAAAGGAAGACCUAGGAAAUCAUGGGCUUUUCUGUGCACUAAGCCAUUAUUCACUGAUUGAGUUUGAUACAGUAAGACUUCAAAUUUGAAUUUUGAAGAUAACUUUAUUUUUAGAAAGCUAACGUCCGCAGCUUGCUGAAGGUAGCAUUUACUGAGUGAGUGCAAGUUAGUGUGAAACCACCCUACUUUACCACUUUGAUGUGACUGCAAGCUCUGACAGCUCACCUUCAUGCUAGGUGAAGUUACAAAGUAUCCAGUUUACCAGUCACCUGAUUACAUUCUCUUCUACAUGACUGGGGGAUUCUUUGCCUUUUUGUCCUUCUUCUUCCCUAGUCUAGCCUUUACUAGUUUGACUGUCCUGACAUUGGAGAUCCAGCUGUGACUCUCCUUUGUCCAGCUGCCCUCCCCUUCACAGGAGUAGAGGUCAGUAGCUGGAGCUGGUACAGCAGAUUUCUGGGGAUUCUGUAGAACCUGAUGGGUUACCUGAUUAUUACUGACAUUGGCUGAGGAGCACCCCCACCCCGCCUUAAAAGGUUGUGGGCAUUACACUGAUUGCAGGCAUGAAGUUGCAGAUUCAUUCAGGAGUACGUGCUCAUGCAGCCUUCAUGUCUGGAAGCCAGAUGCUACUCUCUUCCUAUUUACUGACAGAGUUCUGUAAUUGUAUCCCACAGAUGGAUAAAAUCCAAAUGGUACUUAUUCAUCUCUGUCCAUGCUAGAUGUCAGCCAACCAGAGUUGCCUGUCUCAUAAAUGAUAACUGUUAUAUUACUGACCUAUCUGUUAUAGCUAUUUUAAGUACUUGGAACCUUUUUUCCUUUCAGACGAUUUAAGAGUGGUGAGUACUUGGGCAGUGGAAAACCUGUCAUUUCUACAAUGUUCAUUUAUAUAGUAGUAAUUGCAUGGAAAAUUGGAAUACUCUUGCGGGCAUUUCAGGUAUGGCAGGUGCACACUGUUAUAAAGGUACUAGUUAUAGUGGCUAUUGUUACUAAAUUCAGGGAUUCUGAAAUAAAGUGACAAGUGGAAGCAAA